GAUAGAGAGAGCCCGAGUUGGCUGCGAGCGUCGUGGCGGAAGAGAAAGAAAAGCCGAAUUUUCGAUUGGCUGUGUUAAAUAUUGCAAAAUGACUUUUUAUCAUUUUGUUAACUGUUUUGCUUUGGCAUAUGUGCCACAUUUCUUCACGUACAAAUACUCAAAACUGUCCGAGUAUGGCGCUUUCUGGAAGUGUGUCCAGGCCGGGUUCACCUAUGUGUUUGUCCAGCUGUGCAAGAUGGUCCUGCUGGCGACCUUCUUCCCGGCUGCCGAGAGCACCCCAGACCAAGGGGUGGACCUGCUGGCAGAGCUGCUGAAAACGUCCGUCGACAUCGGCGAUUUGCUGGGCAUCCAUCUGGUGAUGUCACGGGUAGCAGCUCGUGGAGAUGUCAAGGUGCUGGUGGCUGGCGUCGGCUGGUCCACGGCCGAGCUCAUCCUGACGCGCGUGCUGCCCCUCUGGGUCGGCGCGCGUGGCAUCGAGUUCAGCUGGCGCUACCUCCAGAUGAGCCUGGACGCCAACAUCAGUCUGGUGCACUACCUGUCCGUGUCGGCGCUGGUGUGGCUGUGGUCGCGGCACGACCUGGCCCGCUCGUUCCUGCCGCUGGUUGUGUCGCUGCUGGUGGUGUCGGUGCUGCAGCCGGUGCUGCUGCACCUGGCCGCCGCCGCCGGACUGGCCGCCUCGCUGCGGCUGCUGGCGCGCGCCGCCAUGGACACCGUGGUGGCCGCCGUCACCCUGCAGCUCUUCUCCGGCCUCCUGCGUGAAUCCUACUGAGGGGUACACGACAGCGGCCCGCUCCUGUGAGACUCCUACGCAGGAGACACGCGGGAAUGGCCGCCUCCUGCCAACUGCUGCUGAGUACGUGACGGCGGUCAAUCGCGGUCUCGGCACACCUUCGAAGCGAGAUCUCCCAGUGCGCGAUGUGAUGUUGCCGUUGUUGCUGAGAAAGAGAAAGCGGCAGUCUCGGAAAUGGCCGUCUGAGCAGUCGGGACGUGCCGUCAACCUCAGCGGUAUGCGACAGGGAACAUCGCUGAGACGGUAGGUACUUCAAUCAAUAUUUCCAUGGCAUUGCUAUUUAACACCGGGCAUGUCUACCGUCCAGCGAUGGCUCUGUUGCUCACGCAAGAAACCCAGGAAAGUCGAAGUCACCGUAACUGUAUAGGUGUGUGUUCCCGUAGAAUCCCGUAUAUCCGAAAAUGUAUUCAUUGUUAUGUGUAAGAGUUUUUGUUCACCUACCGUUUCCGCUCACAUUCAGACAAAAACUUGCCAAAGCAAGCAUCCACGUAAAUCGUAAUCCUGGCGAUGACCAUGAACGAGAAUUACAGUUGGUACCAAGUUGGUACUUCCACACAGCGUUUUGAUAAUUCUGCGAUCAGUUAGUUUGUACAUUUUAUUUUACUAGUAAAGAUGUGAGGCGUAUAUGUACAGUCCACAGCAGAAGUAAUGUGGGGUUUCAGUCAUGGGUAGGUUCUGCUUCUGAAGCUUAGGAACGAUUGACCAGACUGCAAUGAAAUUUUGAAUGUAGCUUGUAUGUAUCGUCACCCUUGCAGCUGCAACUUAAGCUAUUGACACCUUCUUUUCGAUCACUCCGCAUUAAACAAUCGCCAGUCAAAGCCAACCGUUGAGAUUAGUAAAACCCUACAUUACUUUAGCGGUGGGCUGUACAUACGGUUCAGUGUCCGCAUGAGCGUUACGAAUGGGAGUUGGUGGGCCUUCGUCGCGAGUGUGAACGUCAGAGUCGUUUGGUUGGGCGGUAUAAAAGCAAUAUACGUUCGUUUUGUGCGC